AAAUGCAUGUGAAAUAGAAAAUAGAAACUUAAAAGGAGAGAGUGGAGAAAUGCUUGAUCAUCCCUCCUACUCCUUGCACACAUGCAUCCUCGGAGAGUCUUUUCCAGAUUAUGCAAAAACAGAUCUGCCAGAAAUGGAGAGGACAUGACGUGACAUUUCCAUUCAGUGACUCUGAGAGAGACCUCUACAUAAGACCUGCCUCCUCAUAAACCUGUGAACCGGGCAGAUACACAGCAGUCCCAGCUCAACCCCUGCAUCCCGCCAGCUCUUUCUCUCUCUCUGUUUGCAGACAGCAACAGCGUCCUGUGAUUUCUCUUGAUGCUCUGGACUUCCACUGACUGAUCAAACUGAGCCCACAACCAGCUGAUUUAUUAGAAAAUCUGUGCAAGUUUCUGUCUCCUGCAUUCAGUUUUUCUUGCUCUCUUCAUCUCUCACACUUUCAAGCCAUGCUGAGAGGAGGAUUGUGGGAUAUGGUGAUUGCCAUGGUGCUAUGGGACUUCUGGCUGCCCUCCUGUCUCGGCCAGACCACCUCACCCUCUCAGGAUGGAAAAAUAAAGUUUCGUCUGGCCGGAUACCCUCGCAAGCACAACGAAGGGAGAGUGGAAGUGUUUUACAACGGAGAGUGGGGCACUAUCUGUGAUGACGACUUCACCUUGGCCAACGCUCAUGUUCUCUGUCGCCAUCUAGGGUUUGUGGAGGCACUAAGCUGGUCGCACAGUGCCAAGUAUGGACCGGGCACUGGUAAAAUCUGGCUGGAUAAUGUCAUGUGUGGAGGAUCGGAAAACAGCAUUGAGAAAUGUGUGUCCCGUGGCUGGGGGAACAGUGACUGCACGCACCAGGAGGACGCAGGGGUGGUUUGUAAAGAUGAGAGACUUCCAGGCUUUGCAGAUUCCAACAUCAUUGAGAUGCAGGUGGAUGAAAACCGAAUGGAGAGGAUUCGUCUGCGUCCGCUCUCAGGUGCCCAUGCCAGCCGUAUGCCUGUGACGGAGGGAGUGAUUGAGGUGAAGUUUAAGGAAGGAUGGGGUCACAUCUGCAACACUGGCUGGACCACCAAGAACUCUCGUGUGGUGUGUGGCAUGAUGGGAUUCCCUUCGCAGAGAACUAUGGUGAAGAAGCCAAGCAGUCUCCAGACUGUGUAUAGGAUCCACUCAGUGGCCUGCACAGGAAAUGAGGCCCAUCUUUCAGCAUGCUCUAUGGAGUUCAGCGAGGCAAACUCUAGCGCCUCCUGUCCCAAUGGAGGAACUGCUGUUGUGAGCUGUGUGCACGGGCCGCUGUUCACACAGGGCAGAGCUCGCAGAGUCAAGCUGAAUCCAAUGUCUCAGGUGCGUCUGAAGGGCGGGGCAAAGACAGGUGAGGGUCGUGUGGAGGUCCUAAAUGGGAGUGAAUGGGGUACGGUGUGUGACGACCACUGGAACCUGCAGUCCGCCAGUGUGGUGUGUAGAGAGCUGGGCUUUGGCACUGCUAAAGAGGCUCUGACUGGAGCACGAAUGGGUCAAGGUAUGGGUCCCAUCUACAUGAAUGAAGUUCAGUGUCAUGGUGAUGAGAAGAGCCUGUGGGACUGUCCUCAUAAGAGCAUCACUGCUGAAGACUGCAAACACAUGGAGGAUGCGUCGGUCAUCUGCAACAUCCCCUACAUGGGCUUUGAGAAAUCGAUCCGCCUGACAGGGGGUCGAACGCGGUUGGAAGGGAGGGUUGAGCUGCUGCUCUCUACAGGCAGUGGGGUGAGGGACUGGGGUUUGGUCUGUGGGGAUGGAUGGACGUCUCGGGAGGCCAUGGUAGUGUGCAGACAGCUGGGGUUGGGACAUGCCAGCAGUGGCCUGAGAAUCCGUAUAGUGGGGGGCAGGACGGAUCACGAGGGGCGCGUGGAGGUUCAGGUCAAGUCCAGGUGGGGAACUGUAUGCAGUGACAACUGGACCACAAGAGAAGCCAUGGUGGCGUGCAGACAGUUAGGCCUCAGAUACUGCCUGCAUGCUAUCACUGAAACGUGGUACUGGGACAGCAGUAAUGUGACGGAGAUGGUUCUGAGCGGAGUGAAGUGUAAAGGAGAUGAGAUGACUCUGACCGACUGUCAGCAUCAUUCUGUCGUCAGCUGCAAAAGAGCGGGAGCGCAGUUCUCCGCUGGCGUCAUUUGCUCAGACACGGCUUCGGACCUUGUUCUGAAUGCUCCACUGGUGGAGCAGACGGUUUACAUCGAAGACCGACCCCUGCACUUGCUGUACUGCGCAGCAGAGGAGAACUGCCUGACCAAAUCAGCUGCUCAAGCCAACUGGCCGUACGGCAACCGCCGCCUGCUGCGCUUCUCCUCUGAGAUACACAACAUCGGCAAGGCUGACUUCCGGCCACGACUCGGCCGCCACUCCUGGGUGUGGCACGAAUGCCAUAGGCACUAUCAUAGUAUGGAUAUCUUCACCUAUUAUGACCUACUGUCUCUAAAUGGGACCAAAGUGGCAGACGGACAUAAAGCCAGCUUCUGCCUAGAAGACACAGCGUGCCAUGAAGGUGUUUCAAAACACUACGAGUGCGCCAACUUUGGCGAGCAGGGCAUCACAGUGGGCUGCUGGGACUUGUACAGACAUGAUAUUGACUGCCAGUGGAUUGACAUUACGGAUGUUAAACCAGGAAACUACAUUCUACAGGUCAUAAUAAACCCCAACUUUGAGGUAGCUGAGAGCGACUUCACCAACAACGCUAUGCGAUGCAACUGCAAAUACGAUGGCAACCGUGUCUGGUUGCAUAAAUGUCAUCUUGGUGAUUCAUUCAGCGAGGAGGCUGAGAGAGAGUUUGAACAUUAUCCCGGGCAGCUCAACAACAAGAUCUCUUAACAUUUUUGCGAAUGAACCCAGGAACUGCAAUAACCACAUGGCUCUGGACAAAGAGAAACUUUAAUCACUCAACAUUACUAUUUAUUCUCUUUUGAAUCCACUGCUACUGUGGUCCAGUCAGAUGUUGUCAUGCUGAGUUUACGUUUAGAUCAGGUCAUCAGAAAUCAUCAUGUAGCCAAGGGCCUCAGAGACAGAACACAGCUGUGAUUGUGGCCUGGGCUUUUGUCCAUGCAAAUGUAAGUGGUUGGUCUAGAGGAAGACAGUGGCUAUACACUUCCUCUUGUACAAAUGCUGAACACUUCAGAGCAGAUGUACACGUGAAACACCAGUUUCCUUUAAUGAAUUUUUAACAUGCAUCAGGGAAUUAUAAAAGAUGCUUUAUAUACGUUUACAGACUGUGAUUGUUGAUGGAGUAGAAGGCUUCUUCACAGUAUGUGCAUUUAUGUGUAUGCCCAUGCAGGAUUUGUGUGUGCCAUGUGUGUAUAUUUGUAUAUUUCUGGAAUGUCCUAUAAUCACGUUUGUAAAAUAUACAAAUCUGCACUUUUACAAACCUUCUUGGUGUCACUUGAAUCAUCUUCUCUGCCUACAUUCAGAUCUAAAAAACAAAAAAAAAACUAUAAAAUGCAAAAAGGUUUGAACAUGUUGCAGUUUCUGGGCAUUUCUCAAAGCUGGAUUCAAAUGAAAGCCAGAUGACUAAGGUAAAGGCUAUUGAAAACUCUACAAUGAUUCAGAACUGAGACUGA